AUGUCCUCUUUGACCACCAUGAAACUGCUAAAGACCAGAGUACAGUCCCGCCUGGCCCUCCACAAACAGUUCGCGUCCCUGGAAUACAGCAUUGUACCAGUUACUAGCGAUUGCCACUACCUCUUCCCUGCAAAGGUUGUCUCUCGCCUGGUGAAGUGGGUGACGAUUGCCCAUGUGGAUUACGUGGAGCUGCAUUUCAUCAAAGACACUGUGGAGGCAGAACUGGCUGCGCACACCAAUCUCUACUACAUGGCCCUCGUGGAAUGGGGCACAGCCAAACUCCAGGCAGCUGUGGUGCUGAACCCUGGCUACUCCUUUAUCCCACUCAUUUUCCAGCUCUGUCUGAACUGGAAAGGGGAGAAAACCAACAGCAAUGCUGACAAUAUUCGGGCCAUGGAGAGCGAGGCCAACGUGUGCUACAAGGAGCUGUGUGGGCCCCGGCCCGGCCAUCAGCUCUUGACCAACCAGCUGCAGCGCCUGUGUGUGCUACUAGACGUCUACCUGGAGACCGAGAUCCAUGAUGACAGCAUGGAGGGGCCCAAGGAGUUUCCCCAGGAGAAGACGUGUCUGCGGCUUUUCAGGGGUCCCAGCAGGAUGAAGCCAUUUAAAUAUAACCAUCCUCAAGGAUCCUUCAGCCAUCGCUGACCUGCUCGGCCUGUUGUUUCCCCUGGGCCCUCAGUGCGGUGCCUCUGCUUUCUCUUCUCUUCCAAAUGUGGCUCCUGAUAGUCUCCAAAGACAGGUUUUAUAUUUCUAGCCAAUUAAAGUGACAUCUGACCAAAAACAAACAAACAAAAA